AUGUCCCGCUCUGGUGCUGGGCUGGCGAAUCGCCUGUCUCGGCGAUGUGGCGAUGGAGGUGCUGUUCUGACUUGCUCAAGAAGAUUCCAGUUCCGAGUCUCACACCUGAUGCUAGAGAAGGACGACGAGCUUCCUGCAGAGGAUAUCUAUUGUCCCAAGAAGAGAGGGUUGGAGAGGAGGUAG